AUGAACCAUUCGGCACUCCUGUCUUCGCUUGGAGAAGGUCGCGCUCGACGACCAAGUUCUAGAAGACGUGUUACUUCAGACCCAUGCCUUCCAGAACGACUACCCACUAGCUCUAUCUUGCAACGAGAAGCUGAACAUGACGCACCGCGAGCCAUUCUCCGUCAGCUACGAAGGAGUCCGUCUCCGUCUCCGCCACAGUCGCCAACAUCUGAAGAGGCCGAAGAAGAAGAAGAUAGAAGUAGCCACCACCGGAGACCAAGCUUGAACUCUAUGGCGUCUUCAACUUCGUCUGUCCGAUCUUUCGGUUCGAUUUUCAAGCAACCGAAAUCUCAGUCGUCGUGGAGAGACCCGCAGCCAUUUGAAGUUCUCCGCGCCGUCGAGCGCAAGGACAUAACCUAUCUCAUGGAGGGCAAGUCUCUCUGGUCAAGCCGAUAUAGUUCUCCAACCAAGUGCAGGGCAUUUUCACGAUGGGUUAAUCACCUUGAGGAUGACCAGAUGGAAAAUCCAAAAACCAAAGUAAUUCUCAAGGCACUUCGCACCAACCUGCGUCUUGGUAUCGAUUAUGGGUUAACAAGUCAUGCCAGCGACCUCACGGCUUCAUUUCUCCAAACCUUGAUCAUGAGCCAAGGCGAAGUUUGGGUUCUUGGGCAGGCUUCAAAUGUUGCACUUGCUCUAAGAGCUGGCACCGAGGGUCAACCUGUGGCAACAGCAGAUGCCGCCGUCCGCAAAUUCGCGACACGAGAACUUGGCAAAGCGGAUUUAAUCGCAACUCUCGCUGACUAUAUAGCAAAUGCAACCGCAGACCUGCUAAUGUUGGGGGCGUGGUCAAUUGCCUCAGAAAUACUGGGAGUCGACCAGAUUCCGACCUAUUAUUUCGCGCGAGAUGACCGUGUUUACAAAGCCUUCGUUGAGCGCCUCGACCUGCAUAAGGCGGCUAUACAGGCGAAGCUGAGCAAGCGAUGGAAGUGGCAGAGUCGGGUAUUGAGAACUGUGUUGGAAGGAAGAACAACAACUUAUCGGAGUAAAGUUGAGUCCCUAGCAGGCGAGCUUGACCAGGGCGAGGGUGUUUAA